UUCUCCCCAACCGCAGGGUCCAGGCCGUGGGCCUGCGCUCGUCCCGAGCGGCUCUCCUCCAGGCCCGGCGCCUCCAUUCGGGUUCCAGGGCUCACACCGGCCCAAUCCAGGCCCCCCUCCGUUUUCUUUUUUCUUUUUCCGGCCAAAAUAGGUUUUUCUUUCCAGUGGUGUCCAGUGGCCUCGGAGCUCCAGAAACGUUCGGGUGAGCUUCUCCCAACAUGUAGAAAUGGGGCUCUGGAAACGGAGUCCUCGAGAGCUGCCCUCAGGGCUCCAGGGCGCCGGCUUGUGCGUUCCUUCUUAACUUUCCAAAGUGUCUCCUCAAAGUCACUGCCGCCCGAGGUGCCAUGGCACCCAAGCCAUGGGGUGAGUGGAGCAUGGCCCUGUCCCACCUGGCGCUGGGAGUGGUGUCUCUGCAUGCAGCCCUGAGCACUGCCCAGGCAAGUCGAGGGGCUGCUGCUGGCUUCCUGCUCCAGGCCUUGGCUGCUGCCACCAUGCUGGCUCCAGGGCUAGGCACAGAUGAAGAUUGUCUUGCUGGAGCCUGGGUGGCCACUGUCAUUGGCCUGCCCCUUCUGGCCUUCGAUUUCCACUGGUGUACUAAUGGUCACUUGAUGUGCGCUGGCUGUUUUAUCCACCUACUAGCAGAUGCCCGGCUGAAGGAGGAGCAGGCCACAUGCCCCAACUGUCGUUGUGAGAUCAGUAAGAGCCUCUGCUGCCGCAACCUGGCUGUGGAGAAAGCCGUGAGCGAGCUGCCCUCCGAGUGUGGCUUCUGCCUGCGCCAGUUUCCCCGCUCUCUCCUGGAGAGGCACCAGAAGGAGGAGUGCCAAGACAGGGUGACCCAGUGCAAGUACAAGCGAAUUGGCUGCCCGUGGCACGGCCCCUUCCAUGAGCUGACUGUGCACGAGGCUGCCUGUGCCCACCCCACCAAGACGGGCAAUGAACUGAUGGAGAUCCUGGACGAGAUGGACCAGAGCCACCGCAAGGAGAUGCAGCUCUACAACAGCAUCUUUAGCCUGCUGAGCUUCGAGAAGAUCGGCUACACAGAGGUCCAGUUCCGGCCGUACCGCACGGACGACUUCAUCACGCGCCUAUACUACGAGACACCGCGGUUCACGGUGCUGAACCAGACGUGGGUCCUGAAGGCGCGAGUGAACGACUCAGAGCGCAACCCCAACCUGUCGUGCAAGCGCACGCUGUCCUUCCAGCUGCUCCUCAAGAGCAAGGUCACAGCACCCCUGGAGUGCUCCUUCCUGCUGCUCAAGGGCCCCUAUGACGACGUGAAGAUCAGCCCUGUCAUCUACCACUUCGUCUUCACCAAUGACAGCAACGAGACGGACUACGUGCCGCUGCCCAUCGUGGACUCCGUGGAGUGCAACAAGCUGCUGGCCGCCAAAAACAUCAACCUGCGGCUCUUCCUCUUCCAGAUCCAGAAGUAGGCGCCGCUGCGCUGCCCACACCUGCCUGGCCGCGGCUUUGCAGUGCUGUCUGACCAUUUCAGCAGAGGAGGAACAGACCUGAACACGGGAAAGUCUGCAUGCGUGUGCGAAGGUGUGAGCGCUCACCACCUGGCCCUCCACCUGCCUCCCUGUCCAGGGCAUGGAGGCUGGUUCAGGGACACCGCAAGGCGAGCUCAGCAGACUUGCCGGCCUCUGCCACUUGGCGAAGCGCCCCACCUGCCCUGGGCCGCACACAGCUCCUGGGCCGGGCUCGGGCGCUGGCUUCAGACAGCAUAUCUGAUUGCAAUUAAAAAGGCACCUUGUUUCCUA